AAAUCUAUCUGCAUUCCCACAAUGGGGUUCUUGUUGAUGAGUUUCGCUGCUUGGCCCCACACUUUUCGUAGCCUUCACUCUCAAAUUUGCUGAGUCACUCUGUGUGUAUAUAUAUGGAAGAAGUUAUAACCCUUUGCAUUCACAACCAGAGCCUCCAACUUUCGCUUUUACUGUCUUCUGGUUGAUUUUUAUUGGGUUAGAAGUCUGAAAAAGCUAUGGAAAACUUACCGAAGAUCAAUGAAGGAAACCACUCCGAGGAUGAUGAAAACAUCAUAAUAAAUCCCCAUUUUGAUGAUGGCCUGAAUAAUUGGUCUGGAAGAGGCUGCAAGAUUGCCGUACAUGACUCCGUGGGAGAUGGAAAGAUUCUUCCCAAGUCUGGUAAAUUCUUUGCAUCUGCAACAGAACGUACCCAAAGCUGGAACGGGAUUCAGCAGGAGAUCACAGGAAGAGUGCAGCGCAAGCUUGCCUAUGAGGUUACUGCAUUAGUUCGGAUAUUUGGUAACAAUGUCACCACUUCUGAUGUAAGGACUACUUUGUGGGUUCAAGCACCAGAUCUUCGGGAGCAGUAUAUAGGCAUUGCCAAUGUGCAGGCAACAGAUAAAGAUUGGGUCCAAAUGCAGGGAAAGUUCCUUCUAAAUGGUUCUCCAGCAAAAGUAGUGGUUUAUUUAGAAGGUCCCCCUCCAGGCACUGACAUUCUUGUCAAUACUUUGGUUAUAAAACAUGCACCUAAAACACCACCAUCAACACCACCAGAGUGUGAGAUUGCUGCUUUUGGUGUUAACAUAAUUGAAAACAGUAAUCUGGGUGAUGGCACUAAUGGAUGGUUUCCACUUGGGAGUUGUACUCUGAGCGUUGGGAGUGGUUCACCGCGUAUAAUUCCAUCAAUGGCAAGAGACUCUCUUGGGCCUCAUGAAUCCUUGAGCGGGCGCUACCUCCUUGUGACCAAUCGCACACAAACAUGGAUGGGUCCUGCUCAGAUGAUAACUGAGAAAUUGAAACUCUUUCUAACUUAUCAAGUAUCUGCUUGGGUCAGGGUCGGUUCCAGUUCAACCGGGCCUCAGAAUGUUAAUGUUGCGCUUAGCGUUGAUAACCAGUGGGUCAAUGGAGGGCAAGUUGAGAUUGCUGAUGGCAGGUGGCACGAGAUUGGUGGGUCUUUUAGAAUCGAGAAGCAGGCAUCUAAGGUUAUGGUUUAUAUUCAAGGACCUGCUUCUGGUGUUGAUUUAAUGAUUGCUGGACUUCAAAUUUUUGGUGUUGAUAGACAAGCAAGGUUUAAGUAUUUGAGGAGGCAGACAGAAAAGAUCCGUAAGCGUGAUAUUACUCUAAAAUUCUCUGGGCUGGAUUCAAUUGGAAAUCUUGGAACCUUGGUGAGAGUCAGACAAAUACAAAAUGAUUUUCCCAUAGGAACGUGCAUUAACAGAAGCAAUAUUGACAACGAAGAUUUUGUGGACUUCUUUGUGAAACAUUUUAACUGGGCAGUGUUUGGCAAUGAGUUGAAGUGGUACUGGACUGAGCCACAACAAGGGAAGCUGAAUUACAAGGAUGCUGAUGAAAUGCUCGACUUAUGUCAGAAAAACAAGAUAGACACUCGAGGCCAUUGUAUCUUCUGGGAAGUAGACAGCAAUGUUCAGCAAUGGAUCAAAUCACUGAAUAAAACUGAUUUGAUGAAAGCUGUCCAAAAUCGCAUGAAUGAUUUAUUGACUCGCUACAAGGGUAAGUUCAGACACUAUGAUGUGAACAACGAAAUGUUGCACGGUUCGUUCUAUCAGGACAAACUAGGUAAGGAUAUAAGGGCAAACAUGUUCAAGACAGCACACCAAUUAGAUCCAUCUGCUACUCUUUUGAAUGACUAUCAUGUUGAAGAUGGAUGUGACACCAGAUCAUCCCCAGAAAAGUACAUUCAACAUAUUCUUGAUUUGCAGCAGCAGGGUGCCCCAGUUGGGGGAAUAGGAAUUCAAGGUCACAUAGAUAGUCCUGUGGGGCCUAUUGUUUGUUCUGCCCUUGAUAAAUUGGGCACUCUUGGUAUACCAAUCUGGUUUACUGAGCUUGAUGUUUCUUCCAUCAAUGAAUAUGUCAGAGCUGAUGAUCUAGAAGUUAUGCUGCGGGAAGCUAUGGCACACCCUGCCAUAGACGGUGUAAUGCUAUGGGGAUUUUGGGAGUUGUUUAUGAGUCGGGAAAAUUCACACCUGGUGAAUGCAGAAGGAGAACUCAACGAAGCUGGGAAAAGAUUCCUUGCUCUCAAACAAGAGUGGUUGUCUCACAGCCAUGGUUAUGCUGAUGCGCAAGGGGAAUUCAGCUUCAGAGGCUUCAGUGGAACAUACAUCGUCGAAGUUGUCACCUUAGCAAAGAAAGUUUCUAAGACAUUCGUUGUUGACAAGGGUGACUCCUCAACGGUGGUAUCAAUAGAUUUAGAUGAUGAAAACAUCAUAAUAAAUCCCCAUUUUGAUGAUGGCCUGAAUAAUUGGUCUGGAAGAGGCUGCAAGAUUGCCGUACAUGACUCCGUGGGAGAUGGAAAGAUUCUUCCCAAGUCUGGUAAAUUCUUUGCAUCUGCAACAGAACGUACCCAAAGCUGGAACGGGAUUCAGCAGGAGAUCACAGGAAGAGUGCAGCGCAAGCUUGCCUAUGAGGUUACUGCAUUAGUUCGGAUAUUUGGUAACAAUGUCACCACUUCUGAUGUAAGGACUACUUUGUGGGUUCAAGAACAAGAUCUUCGGGAGCAGUAUAUAGGCAUUGCCAAUGUGCAGGCAACAGAUAAAGAUUGGGUCCAAAUGCAGGGAAAAUUCCUCCUAAAUGGUUCUCCAUCAAAAGUAGUAGUUUAUUUAGAAGGUCCCUCUCCAGGAACUGACAUCCUUGUCAAUAAUUUGGUUGUAAAACAUGCAGCUAAAACACCACCAUCAACACCACCAGAUUGUGAGAUUGCUGCUUUUGGUGUUAACAUAAUUGAAAACAGUAAUCUGGAUGAUGGCACUAAUGGAUGGUUUCCACUUGGGAGUUGUACUCUGAGCGUUGGGAGUGGUUCACCGCGUAUAAUUCCAUCAAUGGCAAGAGAAUCUCUUGGGCCUCAUGAAUCUUUGAGCGGGCACUACAUCCAUGUAACCAAUCGCACACAAAUAUGGAUGGGUCCUACUCAGAUCAUCACUGAGAAAUUGAAACUCUUUCUAACUUAUCAAGUAUCUGCUUGGGUGAGGAUCGGUUCUGGAUCAAAUGGGCCUCAGAAUGUUAAUGUUGCGCUUAACGUUGAUAACCAGUGGGUCAAUGUAGGACAAGUUGAGAUUGCUGAUGGCAGGUGGCACGAAAUUGGUGGGUCUUUUAGAAUCGAAAAGCAGGCAUCUAAGGUUAUGGUUUCUAUUCAAGGACCUGCUUCUGGUGUUGAUUUAAUGAUUGCUGGACUUCAAAUUUUUGCUGUUGAUAGACAAGCAAGGUUUAAGUAUUUGAGGAGGCAAACAGAAAAGAUCCGUAAGCGUGAUAUUACUCUAAAAUUCUCUGGGCUGGAUUCAAUUGGAAAUCUUGGAACCUUGGUGAGAGUCAGACAAAUACAAAAUGAUUUUCCCAUAGGAACGUGCAUUAGCAGAAGCAAUAUUGACAAUGAAGAUUUUGUGGACUUCUUUGUGAAACAUUUUAACUGGGCAGUUUUUGGCAAUGAGUUGAAGUGGUUCUGGACUGAGCCACAACAGGGGAAGCUGAAUUACAAGGAUGCUGAUGAAAUGCUUGACUUAUGUCAGAAAAACAAGAUAGACACUCGAGGCCAUUGUAUCUUCUGGGAAGUAGACAGCACUGUUCAGCAAUGGAUCAAAUCACUGAAUAAAACUGAUUUGAUGAAAGCUGUCCAAAAUCGCAUGAAUGACUUAUUGACUCGCUACAACGGUAAGUUCAGACACUAUGAUGUGAACAACGAAAUGUUGCACGGUUCGUUCUAUCAGGACAAACUAGGUAAGGAUAUAAGGGCAAACAUGUUCAAGACAGCACACCAAUUAGAUCCAUCUGCUACUCUUUUUGUGAAUGACUAUCAUGUUGAAGAUGGAUGUGACACCAGAUCAUCCCCAGAAAAGUACAUUCAACAUAUUCUUGAUUUGCAGCAGCAAGGUGCCCCAGUUGGGGGAAUAGGAAUUCAAGGUCACAUAGAUAGUCCUGUGGGGCCUAUUGUUUGUUCUGCCCUUGAUAAAUUGGGCACUCUUGGUAUACCAAUCUGGUUUACUGAGCUUGAUGUGUCUUCCAUCAAUGAAUAUGUCAGAGCUGAUGAUCUAGAAGUUAUGCUGCGGGAAGCUAUGGCACACGCUGCCAUAGACGGUGUAAUGCUAUGGGGAUUUUGGGAGUUGUUUAUGAGCCGGGAAAAUUCACACCUGGUGAGUGCAGAAGGAGAACUCAACGAAGCUGGAAAAAGAUUCCUUACUCUCAAACAAGAGUGGUUGUCUCACAGCCAUGGUUAUGCUGAUGCGCAAGGGGAAUUCAGCUUCAGAGGCUUCAGUGGAACAUACAACGUCGAAGUGGUCACCUUAGCAAAGAAAGUUUCUAAGACAUUCGUUGUUGAUAAGGGUGACUCCUCAAUAGUGGUAUCAAUCGAUUUAUAAGCGUCUUCUUCACCUUCGAAUUUGUAUUCUUGGUUUGUUUUAUCUAGUCUUCUGAUUUUCUAACAUUUUUUUUAACUUUUUGUGCGGUUCGCUGAAUACAACCUUGGUUAUGCAAUGUUAAUGUUAAUGUUUAUGUUUGAUUGUUGCCA